CACGUUCACGUUCACGCUCACUUACUAUUUAUCUACCAUCUUUUACUCCCCCACUCCCUCUAAAUUUAUUGCUUUCACGCCACUCACGACUCACUCGAAAUGACGAUAGACAUUGAUUAUACUCAAUCUGUCCCCACAACCCCACGCCGGAAAGGCCUACAAAGGCGUAAUAACAUUCCCAACCACCUCUCCUUCGCAUCCCUGCCGCGAGACACUGCCCUUCGCGUCGCCGGCAGUUUUGGCGCUCCGUCGUCUGACGCCGCAAGUGCCACGGCCAGCCCUGCCAGUGUCCGGUCAAGGACCAAGAGUACUACUACCCCCUCCCCUCGCCAUCAGCGCACCCGGACCUUUUCCCAGUUCUCUCGCAAGAACUCCAACGCCGGGAGCUUGAACCUGAACUUCCGUUCUUUGAAAAAGCGUCGGAGCACUUCCUCUUUGGCCAACUCCUCAAAGACGAAGUCCAUCGCCAAACGCGUUCGCAGCUCGACAUCACUCAUCGUAAACGCUGCCGCAUUGUGGUCGUCGGCCACGAAGAGGCUCAUGGCCAGGAGCGUAUCGUCCUCCGUCGCUUUUUCCUCUGCGAUUCCACACGGUCAACCUAAAACCUAUGCCGACGCCGUCGCGAUGCAGGUUGAACCUGAGCUGGAUGUUAUGGAUGAUGAAGCUCCAUUGAUUGGAGUUAUUGAUACAGGUGCGGUAGGCCCGGGAAGAGAAGAUGUGGAGGAGCUGGACAAUCAUGACAUCGAUCUAGACCCUCACGACAUUGAUACCUGCGAUUCCCCAGUUUCGCCGCUGACGCCGUCAUUCCUUCACCUCCGUAGGAACCCAGUCGAGGUGACGCAGUACCACAGGCUCAAGUCAAUGCAGAAGUUGGGCGUAGAGUCGUACAAGGAUGUCAUGGAAAAGUAUCCCGUGAGCGCCGAAGAGGAGGCGCUUGCUUUCAAAUGUUAUUAACACCAUCGGUCACCCGUGGGUAUCUCAUGUAGCUUGUUGUACUGUAGUCAGAUUCAUGUAGCCCGUCAGAAUUAUGUUGUAGCUAUCGUACAGAAAAUAAAUUGGUUGAU